GAUUGAUUUUUCAUUUACAUUUCAGCCAAAAAAAAUAAUAAAAAAUCAGUCUUGGGUGAGAUUGAUUUGCGAAGAAUGUCCAGGACCAGCAGCCACUAAUUGAUCGAAGAAUAUAUUUCCAAAUUUGUUUUGACGUUAUUAUUAAAAAUGGAACGUGAAGCAGAUGAUUGUGCUCCACUAGAGCAACCCCACCGACACGCACAGGUACAGAUAGAUGGUGAAACAUCCGUUCCGAGCUCGACCCUUUUGUUGGAUCAUGUCGGAGAAGUCGUUCUCACCUUCAAUUCAGAUGGGUUGUCUUGGAAACUGCUUCGAUCAUCCGAUAAUGAUGAAUCAACUUGUUUGGGUAUCAAACUGGUCCCAAAAGUGUCAGCAACUCACAUCAACUUCUCUGAUGUAUAUGCUGCUGAGUUUACUGAUUAUGGUAUAAUCCACGGCUCAACAAGUCUUUUGGGUCACGACUAUAUGUACCGGUUUACAGUUCAUGGUUUUGAAAGGUCAAAGAUUUUGCCUUCUGUUUGGGUUCUGGCUGUUUAUACAUUUGGUCAUAAGGACCUGCAAACAUGUCAGAUGUGGGUGAAUAGAAUUAAUUAUUCUCUAAAUCUUGAAGUAGGGAGGCCAAAGAAUCUUAUGGUUUUUGUUCAUCCAAGGAGUGGGAAGGGAAAUGGCUGCAAAAUCUGGGAAACUGUUGCUCCUAUAUUCUCGUGUGCUAAGGUGAAAACAAAGGUCAUUGUUACGCAGCAGGCGGGGCAGGCAUUUGAUGUGAUGGUGUCUAUCUCAAACCAGGAACUUAACUUGUAUGAUGGAGUCAUCACCGUUGGUGGUGAUGGUUUUUUCAACGAAAUUCUUAACGGGUUCCUUAAAUCUAGGCAUAAAGCCCCAUUCCCACCAGCUCCUUCAGAUUUUAUUCAUUCUGCUGGGUCUAAUGGUAGUCUUGUUGUUAAUGACCUGAACGAGAUAGUUUCUGAAUCUUCUCAUAAUGAAGACCAUUAUCCUCUUCUUCCAAGACCUAGACAUAAUGGUUUAGGUUCUACUUUUCUAAAAACUGGCAGACCAAGAUUCUGAAUUCGGUUCAGAUUUGGAAUCAUUCCUGCAGGUUCAACUGAUGCCAUUGUGAUGUGUACCACUGGAGCUCGAGAUCCUAUAACAUCUGCACUGCACAUUGUCCUUGGUAAAAAGGUGCACCUGGAUCUAGCUCAAGUUGUAAGGUGGAAAAUAACGUCAGCAUCAAAGGUUGAACCUCACGUACGCUAUGCGGCUUCUUUUGCUGGGUAUGGUUUCUAUGGAGAUGUCAUUGCAGAGAGCGAAAAGCUUCGCUGGAUGGGACCCAAACGUUAUGAUUAUGCUGGAACAAAGGUGUUCUUAAGGCACAGGUCAUAUCAGGCUGAAAUAGCAUAUCUUGAUGUCAAAAAUGAAGAAAGAAAUUUAACUUCUGAAAGUAGUAGGGUUAAUCAUGUGUCCCCAAGUGCAUCUGAAAGAGUGGUUUGCCGCGUUAAUUGCAAUGUCUGUACGACAAAACCAAGCCGCGGUUAUAGGGGUGGUUGCCAGUCAACACCCUACUCUCAUCCUGGAGAGACAAGGUGGCUGAAAUCAAAAGGGCGUUAUCUUAGUGUUGGUGCUGCCAUUAUCUCGUGCCGAAAUGAAAGAGCGCCCGACGGUCUAGUGGCUGAUGCACACCUUUCUGAUGGUCUUUUACAUCUCAUAUUGAUAAAAGACUGUCCUCAUGCUUUUUAUCUCUGGCAUCUUACCCAGCUAGCAAGAAAAGGUGGAAACCCGCUGAAUUUCAAGUUUGUGGAGCAUCACAAGACUCCUGCGUUUACCUUCACUUCGGCGGGCAAUGAGAGCGUGUGGAAUUUGGACGGCGAGCUCUUUCAAGCUCACCAACUAUCGACACAAGUGUUUCGAGGCCUUGUUAGUUUGUUUGCUACUGGUCCCGAAGUCUAACAGAUGGCAUCUCAUAAGAGUUUCUCUAGAGGAUGAUCCUCUAGCGGUGCUUACACCGGUGUCAUGUCGUUUAGACACCCAAUUGGUGUAAUCUUGUAACCAUGAACUUCAUGGGCUUACACCUUAUAUUGUUUCUUUUGCCCCAAGGUUGGGGUAAUAGGGAGGUUGGUCAACACAUACUUGCACACUCCUAUAUUUUAUAGGGACGACAGGGCCUUGUAUGAUUAACGAUUCUGCUAUUAUCGGGACCCAAUAAAUGAAUAUGAUCAUUUG